UCAGUCUGGGCACGCCAUGAUCUGGUUAUGGUUGUGUUAUGCUCUGCUCUGUGUGCUCGAUGCUGCCGGUGGACAACGCAUAGUUGGUGGCCAGGAGACGAGUAUUAGGCAGGUGCCAUAUUUGGUGUACUUGCGUCAGGGUGGCAAAUUCAUCUGCGGAGGAUCACUGCUCUCGCCUAGCUGUGUGCUAAGUGCCGCACAUUGUGUCUAUGGGGCAGAGGCCAAGGAUUACACUGUCCAUGCGGGCGCCAGCCGAUUGGAGGCGGCGGCACCAGUCGUCCGAAAUGUUGCUCAAUUUCACAUUGCGCCCAGCUAUGACCCGGGUAACUUUGACAUGGAUGUGGCCAUAUUGCAGCUAUCGUCGCGGAUUCACCUCUCCGCCGGCCAAGUGACGACAAUUGCGCCCUGCCGAACUGCACCCGGCAGCAAUGCGUAUGUGCGGAUCAGUGGCUGGGGUGUCAGGAAUGAGGAAAGUCGCGAACCGGCGGCUCAGGUGCGCACAACGCUGGUACGAGUCGUGCCCCAACGGGAAUGUCAACAAGCGUACGCUGGCCAGGCACAGAUCAGCGAUUCCAUGCUCUGCGCCGCAGUGCGGGGCAUCAGGGACUCCUGUUCCGGUGACUCGGGCGGUCCGCUCGUCUAUCGUGGCGAAGUGUGCGGCAUUGUCUCAUGGGGAUUCGGUUGCGCUCGAGCUGCCUAUCCGGGUGUCUACACCAAUGUGGCCAGCAAUCGUGUGCGAAAUUUUGUUGAUCAAACACUGAGAAAGCUAAGAAGUUAAAACGAUGCUUCAAAUCCUAUUUGAUAAUCUCUAUUUUAAUUGACUCCAUCAAUUCCUUAUAAAAAUUACAAUCAUUAACUAUAACUUUACCUAAUAACUUGA